CAAUUGCACAGCUUCCAACCUUCUUCAAAACGUUCUCCGAGGACAAUAGCAUGGAAGAGUUACGGAUUCCUCCUGAAUUUGUGGCGAACCAUGGAGCAGAACUCCCAUUCGACUGUCGACUGGUGAUGCCUAAGGGCCGGCAGUGGAGAGUGCGCCUACUUCGGAUCGCAAGUGGGUGCCACUUCCACGCCGGAUGGGCGGAUUUUCGCAUCGUUAACAACAUUGUGCACAACGACUUUCUGACCUUCACAAUGGUGGACGUGGGUGUGUUCCAUGUGAAAAGGUACAAGCCGAAUACCGGUUGCCCCCCUCUGAGUGAUUUACAAACGGUUGCUGAAGAUGACUCUGAUCAUAGCGUCGAGCCCGAUGGUGAUACAGAGGAUGACUACGAACCAUCCGAAUAGGAGAUCGAAACAUCGGACGACGAUGACUAUGCUUAUGACCGAGGUGUGGUAGAUGUCGACGGUUGUCCGACAUUCGUUGUGAUGCUGACGACGGCUAACAUCCGAAGCACGCUGGAGAUUCCAUUUCCUUUUUGGCGCCGCUACAUUCGUAUGAAUGCCCUUCAAGAUCCUGUAUAUUUCAAUGUGGAUGGAGAUUCUUGGUUAGUGAAUAUGGCUCAUAGCCAAACCAAAAUUUGGGUGAGCCGUGGAUGGCGUCGUUUCAAACAACACUACAAUUUGGUGGCGGGUACUCGCUGCCACUUUAAGCUCAUCGACACUAAUGAAGUCCAGUUUUAUGUAUGGUUCGAUCGCCCAUAAGAGCCCAGCUGGCAGCCGUCUGCAUGAUGACAUAUCUAGUUUGAAAUUAUGCUUUGUUGUUAUGUUCCUUGUAGUUUGUGUGUUAUGUAGGGUCUCUGGAUGCAUUCACCAAAUUUUCAAUUGUAUU